AUGGCGUUCCUCUCCACAAGCCUCAAAUCAGGCUACAUCACGGACCUGAUACUACCCGCCCCUUUAGAAGGCCAAAGACCCGACGACGUGCUCCGGACCGGGCUCGAUGCCAUCUUCGCCUCCGUACACACCCCCAACACGAUGAUCACACUCAACCCGCUCGUCCACGAAGUCAAACAACUCGCCUCAACAGACCCAAAAGCCGUUGACGUCGCCACCGUCGCACCCAGCUUCGGCGUCGCACUCGACGUGCCUUAUGCGAUACUCCGCGAAGGCGAUACCGCGUCCCCCGGCGGCUUCCAGCAGUUCGAGAUCCUCGAUAAAUUGAAUGUUAUGUUCGGGUACACAACCGACCUGACCUACCAUGCGGCCAUCCGUCAGACAAAGAUGGGCAUGGAGGCGUUCACAAAUGCUGGGUCCGGAGUUACGAUUUACGGCCGUUGGGAGAUUAAGGUCGGGAAUGACGCGGAUAAAGGAGCUCAGGGGCAGGGUCAGGUGAUUAAUUUGAUCGAGCGCAAUGAGAUCAAGUGCAAUGUUCUCCUGAGCUGGUACAUCAAGGCCAGUCUCGACAAGAGCCAUCGCGAGACGCAUCGCAGGUUGAAGGAGAAGUGGCUUGCUGCUAUGCGCGAGGCGGGGUACAAG